AACAAUUUACUGUUCUGUUGAACUACGACAAAUUCUUACUCACCUAAGAUCCAAAUCCGCGGCCAAUUAACCAAACCCACAUCCCGCAUCUCCCCGCGGGUAUUUCGCCACGCCAGGUCAUUCCACCAGGUAUUUGACGGGGCAGCAAUCAUGGGGUCCAUCAGCUCAGCGCAGCCACCACCACCACCACCAACAGCAGCAGCAGCAGCAGCAGCUGACCCCAGCAGCAAAGAAGACGAGGAGGCAGUCAUCAAAGCGCACCUAGAGGAGCUCACGGCAGCCCAGCUGCCCAACUCCGCCAUCUACAAAUUCCUGCUAUCGGACGUGCGCAUCGUGGGCGCGCGCCGCGGCGCGAUGCGGGCGCGGCUCGCGCUGGGCAGAAACCACAUGAACUCCGGGGGCGGCAUCCACGGGGCCGCGAGCGCGGCGAUCGUCGACUGGGCCGGCGGCAUGGCGGUCGCGACGUGGGAUCUGCGUCGGCGCACGGGGGUUUCCGUGGAUAUCCACGUCACGUACCUCAGCUCGGCGGGCGAGGGGGAUGAGGUUGAGAUCGAGGCUGAGGCGGAUAAGGUCGGUGGCUCGCUGGGGUUCACGAGGGUUGUUAUUAGGAAGGUUGUUGAUGGGGUGCCGGGGCCGGUGGUGGCGAAUGGGUCGCAUACUAAGUUUGUUAAGCAGAGGUAGUAAAGGAGUUCAGGGACGGGGAGGCGGGUUCGGGGUUGGUGGAGGGGCUGGCGGGAGAUAGACAGAGCGCGUUGCUUUACUUCUGGGACGAAGUCGGUGUCUAGAGGUAGACUUUAGACGGUGGCAGGAUGCUAGAUGCUAGAUGCUUAGAUUCCUUCGGGAGCGGGGGUAGAUUUCAUGACAAGCUCUUUACGGCGUUGCCUAGCCAGUGUGAAAAAAAGUAAAACCCCAUUUUCUAUAGGUAUACCGUAAUUCUAGGCAAAGAGGCUUAGAGAUCCUCGCUCAAUAGUGUCGUUGUUUUCGCACUCGCUAGGCCCGCAUCU